UCUGUUAUGUAUCUCAAGCAAUAACCUAAAAUUCUACUGUGCCUAUAUUUUUGUGACUUUUAUUACUAACUGGCCCAACCCCUUUGGAUCAAAAUGAGUUUGGUUGGGAAAAAGUGCGAAUCGAUAUCACUUACUGAUAGCAAUCGCGACGACGUAAUUUCUUGCGAUGUUACUCCAGAGGAUGUUCUGAGGUUGGACAGAAUCACCGAUACAUAUCUAUGUAGUCCGGAAGCAAAUGUAUACGAUAUAGAUUUUACAAGGUUCAAAAUACGUGACCUAGAAACUGGUACUGUGUUAUUUGAGAUUGCUAAACCUCCGACUGACUUCGGAGUGGACAAUGAGGGCACCGAAGACGCGGUUGAAGAAUCACUGGAUCCUAAUGCGGGGAGAUUUGUUCGCUACCAAUUUACACCUCAAUUCUUAAAACUAAAGACUGUUGGAGCCACUGUGGAAUUCACCGUGGGUCCUCGUCCUGUCAAUCACUUUCGCAUGAUUGAGAAACAUUUCUUCAGAGACACAUUACUAAAGACGUUUGAUUUUGAGUUUGGAUUCUGCAUUCCCUUCUCAAGAAACACAUGUGAGCACAUAUAUGAGUUUCCUACACUGCCACCAGAUCUUGUUGAAGAAAUGAUUGCAGCACCAUUUGAAACCUGUUCAGACAGUUUUUAUUUUGUGGACAACAAACUUGUUAUGCAUAACAAGGCUGACUAUGCCUACAAUGGUGGUAUCAACAACUAAACAUUUUAUUUGGUUUACAAAACCAAUCUGGCACAUUUAUAUUUUAAAAAGUUACAACAAUUAAUGAUCUCAUUUUUAUUGGCACAAAAAAAUUAUUUGAAGUAAUUUUAGGAAUUUCUUAAACAAUAUUAAUAAAUACAAAAUGGAACAUUUCAUUGAGUUGCUUUUGACUAUACAAGGAAUUAAUUUUAAACACCCUAGUAUUAUGUUUGAGAUUCCAUGAGGUGACUUUUACACAGCAAUAUAAUACAAUUUUCCUCAUACAAAACAGUCACCAGAGCAUACAAUGUGUAUGUAACUUAUUUUCGUGGAUUGGAUAUGACUUUCUUAGAGAAACUAAUUUCAUAUUAUGAGUAAAGUCACCUCAUAAAUUUCAGAUCUUAAGGUUGUUCAUUUCAGAACAAACCACAUACAUCAGUGACUGAUUCUUAUUUAUAACUGAAACAUUAUUUAUUGAACAUGUUUUUACCAUGUCCAUACUUUGUAAACAGGUUGAUCUCAUAAUAAUCUGACUUUUUACUAUUUUUUUUUCUAAAACGUAAAAGAAGCAAAGUUUGUCUUAUACAAAAUUACUAUUUAUCACUGUGAUUGUGGCUGCAUUCAGUUUUAAUGUCUGUUGUAUUUUUAUUCCCACCUUAGUUGACACUUAGCACUUUUUUAAUUAACACUUUUCCUAGUUUUGGUGUGUAACACUUUUGUGUUGUAGAUUAAGUGGUGCUUAGAUGUUAUUGAUACCAUUGCAUAUAAUAUACCACUGAGCGAAGUUUGACAAAUUUAUUACUAUCUUUUUGUACCAAUGAGAUACUCGGCAACAGUGAAAACACUAGAGCUGUAUCUCCUUCAAUACUAAAGUCUGAAAGCAUGACUUUACUUAGUUUACUUACCUGAAGGGGUCACCUUUCCAAGUGUCUGUGAAGUAUAAAAGAAAUAGCAAAAUUUUGAACUUGUGGUGUUACUAAAUAUGCAAUAGCAUCAACUUAUUGUACUUAAAAUUUCUAGUCAAAUUUUGUGGUAAUUUAUUUUAAAAUUCUUAUAAUCGAAAUUGUAAUGAAAUGGGAUAGAACAAUAAUAAUGUCUAAACUACAGGGAGAGGGAAUUUGGUAAAAUAAGAAAAUUAUUUUGCUGUCAACUAUCUCGAGAAUGUAAUGCUUAAAAAUAUGGCGUUAGAAUACCAAAAAUAUUAACUUUUGUGCUAUAGUUCGUGUCUAUCCAUUUUUCAUGACAAGUAAACAACCCGGUUUGGAUAAAAUUCUUAAAGAAUCAUUAAAAAGAUGGAAUAACUAACACAUUCAUAUUGAUGGUUUCAAAUUGAUUCUCACCACUUUUUCCAAUUACAUUAAUUGAAAUAACAUCUUAAAAUCAUAUUUAAAACAUGUUAGUCCAAAAGUCAGGUUAUUAUUCAAACAUAGAAGUAUAGAUAGUCUAUGGUUGCAUAUUUUUUAUGGAAAAUGAAUUGAAACGAACUAUACAUUGAGUUUCCUGAUAUAUUAAGGAGAAACUUGCUUAGGUGAAGGACCACAUCUUUAUCAGUCAACUAUUUUUAUUUCAUUAUUUUUAAACAUAUUGUAAAACUGAAUAUCUGAUGGUAUUCAGAUUUAUUUGCAAUGUGAAUUUAAAUAAUAUUUUAGUCUAUCAGGUAUCCUAAGUGGUCACGGAUGCUACGUAUUCCACCUAUACCAAAAGUAAUUUUAAUAUUGGCUUUAAAAAAAAAUCUUCUUAAAAACCUAUGACAUUCCAGGAGAUCUCAUUUUUAUGCCGUCCAAAGACUUUAUUUACAAGUGCCCUUGCUUUAAAAUUAAAAAAGAAUAAUAUUACGAACUUAAUGUGUUCACUAUAUAACAUUUUGAAAAUUAAUUUUGGUUAAAAGCCUUCUAACUAAAUGUUUGUUGUAUUCUACUUACUAUAUUUAUGGAUAAUAUAUAAAGUAGCUCUGUUUCGUGUAUUAAAUCUGGUAAAGAUACAGUACUAUUUGGCAGAUAUAGAAUAUAUUGUAUUCAUAGUCUGUGUAUAUAUGUUGUAUAUGUCCGAGAAAAUAUACUGAUUUAAAAAUUUAUAUGGACUAAUAGUACUAGCUAUGUAAAAGGAUCCUAUACAGUUAUAACGUCAACCAUGUUGCAUUUAUAUCAUUAUCUUGAAAAAGGCAGUCUGAUUUUUUAUUAUUAUUGAGAAUUAAUUAAAACAGUAUAUUUUCCAUUCUAAAAUAUUUCAUAUACAUAUAAACUACAUAUUUAUAAUAAGCAAAUUUUCAUUUAAUCAAAUCUUUAGAACGGUUUUAACUUUUUAUUUAUAUCGUUUUUAUUCAUAUACAAAUAAUUAAUAUGGACAUACAAUGUAGUUGAAAGUUAAAGGGCCAGUUAGAGACAAUUGUUUUGUGUGUUGCGUAGAAAUUGUAAGAAAAUCGAUGGGGGAUACUAAAGUUCGAUUAGUAAAAUCAUUAAUCAGAGGCAUGUGUUUGUUUUUUUGUAAUGUUCUGUGUAAAGUUGUCACGGACUUUUUUCCUUUUUCUUCAUACUGUUGUAUUGGUAGUUUUAUAAAUAUAUUAUUCAUUAUUAUUUGUCUUUAUCUAUUGUGUAAUUUAAGAAAUUUAUUUAUUUCGGUUACCUUCAUCGAUAGUCUUUAAAAUCAAGUUGCAUUGUCACUGACGUCACUACA